GCAGAUGCGCAGGUAAUACAUCAUCUUCUCCUAAUGGCAUAUUUUCCAUUUCAGAUUAUUUUAACAUGUUUGACUUCCGACGAAGGAAGCCAGCACCGGUCAUAUAAAAUACACAGAGGGAUAGUAAUAUCACUGAUUUAUUAGCUUUAUACAGGCACUAAAAGCCAGAAAAAUUGAUAAAAAUACCAGAAUUCUUAGAAUAAAUACAAGCUAGUCUUUACGACGGAGGCAAUUGGUUUUUGGUUGAGAUAGCAUAUAAAUGAAGCAAUUAAGGCUUAUCCUGAGCUCAACGGUUGAAGUGGACUCGUUCAAGAUGAUCAGUCCCUCAAAUGAGAGCCACAAACGGAAGGGAUAUUUCCACUUUCCAGCAGUGCAUGAUUCAUCAAGCUAGGGAUGUAUCUAUAUCUAUAUGAAUAUUAAUGUUCUUUACUUACAUUGUUUAUGUAAUAUUGCAAAUAAAUACUACCUAGGGGAUUACCUUUGAUAUGUACGGAUGUUAUCGACGGAUUAGUCAUCCUGGAGUAUAAAAAGCUAGUUGCUAAUACAAAUAGGUAGUAAAGCCUUGUUUGGAUACAAUAAACCAAAUCCGCGGAUCUAUACGGAAUACAUAAUACAACGAGACGAGUUUCCGACAAUACCAAUACAUUGAUCACGGGAAUAUACCAUACAAAGUGGAUAUAACUAUACAGUUUGUAAAUAAUUACAAUAAUUCAUCAAUAAAUGUGGUAUUAUACAGCGAAGGUUAGGGUUGGAUUAAAUUGAUACAAACGAAUGAAAAAUAGCAUGGAUACACCACAAAGAGAACGGAAAGUAAUUAACGGAGAUGAUAAACAAAACGACGAUGGGCACGCAAUUCCGAAGUUUUAUUUCGAGGAUACGAGUAAAGAGUCUUCACCCGAGAUUGUAAUCGUCAAUAGUGAUGAUGAUUUACAUCCAAAGCAAGGACAAAGCUGUUCUUUAGAUGACAAUAUCGCUGGUUACGAUGGUCACAGUUGCCAUGAGAAUAUGGAUAAUCACCAUAGUUACGGACAAGAUCCUGACUUGAUAAAUAAUACCCAAACUUCACAUUGUUACACGAGGAAUGGAUCAGUUAAACUUAUUCGACACGAUACUCCCGAUUUCUCCUUUAGGAGACGACCGGGUUUUAAUAAGGAGAACGAACUUGGGUUGCCAAGAAGUGGUUCAUUGACAGACGUGAACGGACAAAAUCAAGGACUUGCCCCGAAUUCGGGUCCUCCCUCGCGGUCAUCUUCUUGUCGGAGACGGAAGUCCCGUGUUGUUGAACUUCAGGAAGAAGCAGGACUCAAUCUAAAUAGACCUCAAAGUGUUGGUGAUAUUGCAACUUUAUUCCCGAACAAACAACACAAACCCGUCACCCAUAGCAACUCUGAUAGCGACCUCUACCGAGUGAGAAGUUUUAAGAUCACCAAAAAAGGACAGCUGAUCAACCAAGGAGAUUCUUGGAAAUCAUGGAGCAAAGAGAGUAUUAAUAGUACGUGUAGUUUAGAAAGCCAAUACGGCGACACUGCUCAAAUAUUAUGGGGCCUUGAGGGAUACGGGACCCGACCUUCACAAGAGAAACAUAAGACUGGUGAAUCAGAAACACCUAUACUCGACGAGGGGAUUAAAGAACCGUCUGUAUAUAAAGUACUUGUGAUGGGGAACGAUGGGGUAGGAAAGAGUGCCCUUAUGCAACAAUUUACAACCUCCGAAGACAUGUCUUACAUGGAACCCAGCGAAGAUGUUUCCGAUGAAAUCACUGAAGCGAAGCAAGUAUCAGUUUUACUCGACGGAGAGGAAUCUAUCCUUCUGUUCUAUGAACUUAACGAUGAAGGGGUACCGCAAGAGAGCGAUGCUGAUGGCUACGUCGUUGUAUACUCCAUUACCGACCGACUGUCCUUCUACAACGCUAUUGAUAUAAUCCACAAACUGAGGGACGACGAACAAAGAGACUCCGCUAUGAUCGUCGUUGGCAAUAAAAGUGAUAUUGUCCGUCAACGUCAAGUGCCUAUAGAUGAAGGGAAAUCGAUAGCAAAGACGUAUAAAAGUAAAUUCAUCGAGACGUCAACGUACUUAAAUCACCACGUAGACGUAUUACUAGUCGGUGUCUUAUCUCAAAUACGUAAACACAGUAUCAAGAUUAAAAAGGCGAUGGAGGCUCACAACAACCCAAAACACAGUUUGAAAUCUGCGGGACCUGCUAAACCUAAAAAAGCCAGCGUUUUAAGAAAACUAUUUGGCAAAAGUAGGAUGUUUAAAUCUGUUGACAAUGUGCUUAAGUGAUGUUAACAA